CCCGGAAGUAGCCGGACCCCGAGCGCACAGACCUAGAGCGCGUCCGUCAGCCCGUCGGUCCGGCUGUCCGCCGCCCGGUGCCCGUCGCCCGCGCGUGCCUCCGUCCUUCCUCUUCCGUCCCGCCGUGUGUGUGUGUGUGUGUGUGUGGUGUGUGCGUGGUGGAGGGGGAAGCUCGAACGGCGGCCAAGAGGCGCUCAUCAUGGCGACGUUCAUCUCGGUACAGCUGAAAAAGACCUCGGAGGUGGACCUGGCCAAGCCGCUGGUCAAGUUCAUCCAGCAGACCUACCCGAGCGGCGGGGAGGAGCAGGCCCAGUACUGCCGCGCGGCCGAGGAGCUGAGCAAACUGCGGCGGGCAGCGCUCGGCCGUCCGCUGGACAAGCACGAGGGCGCGCUGGAGACGCUGCUGAGAUACUAUGAUCAGAUUUGUUCCAUUGAACCGAAAUUCCCAUUUUCUGAAAAUCAGAUUUGCUUGACAUUUACCUGGAAGGAUGCUUUUGAUAAAGGUUCACUUUUUGGAGGUUCUGUAAAAUUGGCUCUUGCAAGCUUAGGAUAUGAAAAGAGCUGCGUGUUGUUCAAUUGUGCGGCCUUAGCCAGCCAGAUUGCUGCAGAGCAGAACCUGGACAAUGACGAAGGACUGAAAAUCGCUGCUAAGCAUUAUCAGUUUGCUAGUGGUGCCUUUUUACAUAUUAAAGAGACGGUGUUAUCGGCCUUAAAUCGCGAGCCUACUGUGGACCUAUCACCAGAUACUGUUGGGACCCUCAGUGUCAUUAUGUUGGCACAGGCCCAAGAAGUAUUUUUUUUAAAAGCGACAAGAGAUAAGAUGAAAGAUGCCAUCAUAGCUAAGCUGGCCAACCAGGCUGCGGAUUAUUUUGGUGACGCCUUCAAGCAAUGUCAGUACAAGGACACUCUCCCCAAGGAGGUGUUCCCUGUCUUGGCUGCCAAGCACUGUAUCAUGCAAGCCAAUGCUGAGUACCACCAGUCCAUCCUGGCCAAACAGCAGAAGAAAUUUGGAGAAGAAAUUGCAAGGUUGCAGCAUGCAGCGGAACUGAUCAAGACAGUGGCAUCUCGCUAUGAUGAGUAUGUGAGUGUAAAGGAUUUUUCUGACAAAAUCAACCGUGCCCUGACUGCAGCGAAGAAGGAUAAUGACUUCAUCUAUCAUGACCGGGUGCCAGACCUUAAAGAUCUAGAUCCCAUCGGCAAAGCCACGCUUGUGAAGCCUACGCCCGUCAGUGUGCCUAUCAGCCAGAAAUUCACCGAUCUGUUUGAGAAGAUGGUUCCUGUUUCGGUGCAGCAGUCUCUGGCUGCCUACAACCAGAGGAAGGCUGAUUUGGUUAACAGAUCAAUUGCUCAAAUGAGAGAAGCCACAACUUUGGCAAAUGGUGUAUUGGCUUCACUGAAUCUUCCAGCAGCAAUUGAAGACGUGUCUGGAGACACUGUGCCUCAGUCUAUACUGACUAAGUCCACAUCUGUGAUUGAGCAGGGAGGCAUCCAGACCGUUGAUAAGCUGAUCAGAGAACUGCCUGAGCUACUGCAAAGAAAUAGAGAAAUCCUAGACGAGUCAUUAAGACUACUGGACGAAGAAGAGGCAACAGACAAGGAUUUGAGAGCCAAGUUCAAGGAGCGCUGGCAGAGGACACCGUCCAGUGAGCUCUAUAAGCCUUUGAGAGCGGAGGGAAACAACUUCCGAGCCGUGUUAGAUAAAGCUGUGCAAGCUGACGGACAGGUGAAAGAACGCUACCAGGCUCACCGCGACACCAUCGCACUCCUGUGUAAGCCGGAGCCCGAGCUGAACGCUGCCAUUCCUUCCGCCAACCCGGCAAAGACCAUGCAGGGCAGCGAGGUUGUGAAUGUCUUAAAAUCCUUACUGACAAAUCUUGAUGGAGUCAAGAAAGAACGAGAAGGACUUGAGAAUGACCUGAAGGCAGUGAAUUUUGAUAUGACAAGCAAGUUUUUAACAGCUCUGGCUCAAGACGGUGUGAUAAAUGAAGAAGCUCUUUCUGUUACUGAACUGGAUCGAGUCUACGGAGGUCUCACGUCGAAAGUGCAGGAGUCUCUGAAGAAGCAGGAGGGGCUUCUUAAAAGCAUUCAGGUCUCACACCAGGAAUUUUCAAAAAUGAAACAGUCUAACAACGAAGCUAACUUAAGAGAAGAAGUUCUGAAGAAUUUAGCUGCUGCAUAUGACAGCUUCGUUGAACUUGUAGCUAAUUUGAAUGAGGGCACCAAGUUUUACAAUGAGCUGACUGAAAUCCUGGUGAGGUUCCAGAACAAAUGCAGUGAUAUCGUGUUUGCACGGAAGACAGAAAGAGAUGAACUCUUAAAGGACUUGCAGCAGAGCAUUGCCCGAGAACCGAGUGCUCCCGCGAUCCCCACUCCUGCCUACCAGUCCUCCCCAGCAGGAGGCCACGCGCCAACUCCCCCCACCCCAGCACCAAGAACCCUGCCGGUGAGUGGGCAGAGCAUGCCUUCAAAGCCUCAGCCCCCAGCCCGGCCCCCGCCUCCUGUACUUCCGGCCAAUAGGACUCCUUCUGCCACUGCCCCGGCUCCUGGGGGUGCUGGUGUCCCGGCAGCCGCUCCUCCCCCAGCCCCCAGCUCAGCCCCUCCUCCGCAGGCCCAGGGGCCACCGUACCCCACCUACCCAGGGUAUCCCGGGUACUGUCAGAUGCCCAUGCCCAUGGGCUACAACCCGUAUGCCUACGGCCAGUACAACAUGCCCUACCCGCCGGUGUAUCACCAGAACCCCGGACAGGCUCCGUACCCAGGACCCCAGCAGCCAGCGUACCCCUUCCCUCAGCCCCCACAGCAGUCUUACUACCCGCAGCAGUAAGCUGUCUGCUCGGAAGCUCAGCUGGUGCCGCAGAGGGAAGGAAAUGGCAACCCUGCAAUAAGUGUACUAAACUCCAUGCUCCACUGUACUGAACGCGGUCUAGAAUUCUGUCUGUGGCUGAAAGCUUACAGCUGUGCCCCAGUUCCACAUUUGAUUGCACAUGUGAGAUUUGCUGCCGUUGCAGCAUAAACACUAAGUAUAAUAGGAUUUGAAAUAAAUUAAAGUUCCUACAAGGUUGAAAAUGAGAAAUUAAACCUGCAAGUGAAACAUUUGAAAUUACAAUUCUUUCUACAAAAGACGUGGUUGGACGUCAGAUACUUAUAAAGAUGGUUUAAGUACUGAUAUUCAAGAAAACUAAGUUUUCUUUCUCUUUUGGUUUAUUGAUUUAGUUUCAUUUUCAAUAUGCUAUUUUGAGUAAUCAAAGCAUUGUAAAUCUUAUAAUUUAAAAAAUAAAUUGCUUCAGAACAGUUGGCAUUGUUAUGUUUUGUCAUUGAUUCUCAUUAUUGUCUAAUUUCUCUCUGCUAUUAAUCUUUCAUUUUGUAUGUUUGUAAGUUAAACCAGAUACUCUGUUUAAGUGCAUAAAUAGUGCAAGUUGCUAGUAAGGUUCAAGGCUAUUUUGUGGAAAAACCCAAAGAACAGUGCCAUAAUACAUCUUUUCCUUUGCUGAUUAGUAAAUUGAUUUUGACAUUAUUUUUAAAACUUCAAAAUAUGGGAAGAAACACGAUUGCUACCAAAGAUGCUUCAAGUAAAUAAAAUAUAUAUUUACUGUUUUGUGGUUUGCCUCUCCAGGAAAUUGAUGCAGAUUCUGUUAACUCUCUCUUUUUCCGUAACCCGCUUACAAUAAGCACGUGUCAUUGACAGUGCUGUCUAAUGAAUGGAAUUUUUUGGAGAGAUUCACCCCAACCUUGUACUCAUUUCUUCUACCCUACUGUCUUAACUUAGUACCAUUCAACGCACAAUGUGUGUGAGUAGAUCUGAAAGCCCUUUUUGACUUAUUUCUAUUUUUUAUUUUGCUCCUAAAAGAUUGAACAAUUGUUUCUUUUAGGGAGCACAGAAAAGCAGUUGCUAGGAACCUAAGUCAGUGUGUUGAACAUUGGCCUCUGUUGUUGGUGUACUCCGUCACCGUGUAAACCUCAGACCGAGUGCUGACACACAUCCUGUAGUGGGCAGGUGUCGAAGGCCUGAGCUGGCCGGCCUCGCCGUGGGAUGCGCUGUGAGAACGUAUGAGGGUUGGGAGAAGAUUUCCAAGAGUCUUUGUUUCUUAAUGCUGAUAGUGUUCUUAGCAUUCUUGUUUGAUUUCAAUGAUACUGUCACUUGGCCCACUGUUAUUUUCGUUGACAGUUUGGUUUUAUAUUUGAACUGUUAGACUGAAAGUAUGAUUGUAAAAGGCAGCAGAUUGCUUGAAAAACAUGUAUGUUCUUUUAAAAAAAAUUCUUGUUGUAUGUAGCCAACGUGAAGACAUGUUAAUUCAAUAGAGACAAUCUUGGAUUACAUAGCAUUUUGAAGUUGAUUUAUAGUCCAGUAGUUGGCAAGAAUAGUUUUCUUAUAUAUCAUUGCUAAGUUUUAAUACUUUGGAUUCAUCAAAGUGUAAGAUGGGUUUGCUUGACUCCUGUGUAAAUGGCGAUUAAACAUGGCAUUCUUGUUACUCAAGGUAUCUUCUAUAAAACACCCAGUGAACGUUAGGAAUAUUUCAAAUUGUUAGUUUAUAAUUCUUACUAAAGCAGAAAAUAAGAAAAAAAAAUUGGCCUGAAUAUUCUCUUGGGGAACAAGAGGGCGCUAAGGGGAAGGGCAAGUGCGUUAGGGGGCUGGAAGAGCAGGACGCUGGGCUGGAGCUCUCACAGGACGCUGCGUGGCUGUGCGUGGGGAGGGCUGCGCAGCCCCUGGAGGCAGCUUCCCUGAGAGCAAGGCUUUUUCGAAAGGAGCAGCUUAGGCCCACUCUCUCCUGCUGUUAAGUAGUUGCUUGCUUGGUCACCUGCGUGGAGGCACAAAAGAACAGGUUCUGGCUGGGUGCACCUUUAUAGACCUGGGUUGUUUUAUUCAAGUGACCCAAGUGUGUGGACAGGAAAGCUCUCUAGAGAUUGUUCCUGUUAUUACUAAACUUUGUAAUGCGAGUCUUAGCUUCUCGUGGGCCGCAGAAUAUCCCAAGUUUAGUUAGUGGAUAGUGCUAUUCAUUUGUAAGUAGGAGGGUUCCAUUGUGUGGUUCUCUGUUGUACCCGUGUUAAUUUAGAUUUUUUAAAAUGAUCUUUUAUUUGAUGUUGGGCUGUGGAAUAUUGUUUAAAAAUGGAUUAUUUUUUCAAAGAAUGAAGUGUGUUAGAUACUGGUCAGCUGGUUCCCGGUAGGAAGCUGGGUCUGCCUUGGCAGCAGGCUGGAGCAGAGCCGGUGCACAGGGAGCUAAACUUGGGCCUCAGUCUUCAUUCUCAGAAGAGCAGGUGUACGGCUCGGCAGGUCGGUCUGCCUGACGGUCCCUGGGCCUGUACCACAGUUUCCUCAUCUCACCCUCUGCCCCUUCAUCCAAGGAGUGACAGAGGCACAUGGUGGGUCCCAGAGCCUUGUGUCUCACACGUUCUAGUCAAAGCAGAUUGAAAAAUAUGGUUUCUACGAGAGCUUUACAGUUUGCAAAAGUGCUGUGUGUUCAUUUUCUAAUUUCAUAAGCUGGACACGAUCUUUGUUAAGUAAGUUUUAGUUCUAAUGCUUUUUUUGUUUGUUUGUGUUUUGGUUUGGUUUUAUCUUUUUGGAUUGCGUUAUCUUGAAUCUUGCUAGAACCAAGUGACAUCUUUUAAAAAAAAAAAAGACUUGCAAUUAUUAGUUGAUUCACAUUGAACAGGAUAGAAAACAGGAAAAAAAAAAAAACCCUGGUAUAGUGCUGUGAUUACUUGUUUAAAAAUAGACUUUAGAAAUAAAUGGUUGAUUGUAAUAUUUACAUGGAAGAGCAAAGAAGGAGAAAUUAUAUUUUUAAAGAAAGAGAAUAUUCAGGCUUUAUUUCUGGUAUGAAGUUUAUAUUUUUUAAAGAAGUCCUAUAUUACCACACCAGAGAUUUUAGAUUCUUUUCUGGUUACAAACAUUGCUGGCAGUUGGAUUAUAUUUUUAUUGUAUUAAUUUCUGUUAGGGGGAACAUUGUAAAGAAAUAAAAAGGUUCCAGAUGAAUGUAUCCUAGAAAUAAAAGUUGAAAGAUUCUUACA